AGAGUCGAAAACCCUUCCAUCCUCGCAUAUUUCGCUGCCAUUUUCCCGUUGGGACCUCACGAGGGCAGUCCCGCUGCAUUCAUUUCUGUUGUGGGUACUUGGGCGGCCAGAGGCAUGAACGAUGACAUCGACGCCAACGAAAUGCAAGAAAAGACCGUGAGCUGGUCAGUUACAUCUUCCUGGGUCAUGGAUUGUUGAUCUAUGCAAUCAACCUUGAAUUGAACAUGUAGGACGAUUAAGGAGAUCAUGGACCUGAUCGGUGUAGGCCGGGGAGGUAUGGAAUCCGGAAACCUAGUUACCCCGACGCCGAGAGAGCGUCUUGGCAUCCUAACUUUACACUCACCAUGGCAAAGGUGACGAGCUGCUCCCGCCCAUCAUUGGCGGCUUCAUGAUCAAGAUGAGGUCCUCAUACACAUGUACCCGCUGUCUCUCCUUAUUUAAGGCGACGAGGCCUCAGUUCAAUCGCGCAAGAAAUAACGCCUUCCGAUUCAAUGCCCCCAGCUUCUCCCCCUCACGGCAACAUUCCACUCGAUCCGCCGGCAGUUCCUCGCUCGUUUUACCUCGUCGAAGUGUCUCCUCCACUGCGAAUCGGAAAUCUCAAGCACAGUUUGAGCCCAUUGAAUACAUCGAUCCCGAAGGCGUCAGACGCAAGUAUAUCCUCACAGAGGACAACCUCUUCAACUCCUUCACGAACUCGCCCAUACCUGCGAUUCGGAAACGAGCAGCAUUCAUGCGCCAGCAUGCGUACUGCCCACACCCCUCGCACAAGCCCACGCGUGCGGCGACCAACCCUCAGGACUUAGAGGCUAGGAAAUCGACAGAGCAAGGAGCACCACCGGCGCAUGUGAAUUUCGAGUGUCCGGACUGCGGAAUUCCGGUAUACUGCUGUGAGGAGCACUGGGCGGAUGAUUAUGAGGCGCAUCUGGACGUGUGCGACAUCAUGCGGCAAUGCAAUGAGGACGAUCACGACCUCCACAGCGGCCGGUUCUUCCACGAAUAUCAGUUCGGAGCGCCCCAAAUGGAGGAAAUCCUCGUGAACAUGAGCAAUUGGGACGCGUUUAUGUAUACGCGAGACUUUGAUGCCCUCAAUGAAGACCGGCAGAUGCGGCAAGCAACGAAGCUAUUGACGUACCCAAUGACAAUCGCAAGUGUCCUGCAUGAGCUGAGUCCAUACAAUAUUCGGAGAGGAGGCCGGCUGACGCCUGAGGGCCUCAAGAGUUUUAGCGCCCUUCGACACUCUCUCCACCCUCCCCGUACGGGCGGCGACAACACUUGGAAGAACUCCCGCCUCGCCCCACCGCCCGUCCGCCUCUUCGUCCUCGGUGCCCGUGCCGAAUCCUCGCUUCCCCGCGAAACCUGGAUGCAAAUGGUCUACCUUUUUCACCGCGUUCAGUUUUCCUUGCACUUCAUCGGUCCUGAAUCCAUGGCCAACCGUGAGAAGGAGCUACCCCUCCCAGAGCGCACGCCCCUCAACCCCUUCGGCGCCGUCAUCGAAGACCGAAUCUCUAAUGCAUUGAAGAUCAGCACUUUUGUAGAGUACUACCACACGAUGCACAAGACGGGUCAUUUCUACCCGUAUGACCCUUAUUUCGACUGCUUCAUUUGUUUCCACCCUGGAUUCGGUAACCCUGCUUCCCUGCAUGAGUGGGAGGAGACAUUGCCGUUAUUGCUCGAGACCAAAUGCCCGGUCAUCGCCACUGGUUAUUCCCCUUGGGAUAUGCAACAGGACGUCGAGCACCUGCAGAAGCGGUACGGGAACGAGAUGGACUUUUUGCUCGAACCGGGAGAGAACCUGUUCCGGAGCUUGAGAUGGGAUUUGAAUGACUUGGAUCCGCACGAUGUCAAUUGUAGUAAUUGGGGUUUGUAUGCUUUCAGAGGGAAGAGGUACGAGGCGACGCCCAAGGAGGUGGAGCCGGAGGUGCAUAGUGAGCGGACGCAGUAAGAGUACAGUAGCAGUGAGUGUAUCUAUGUCUUUAUCCAUGUACUAUUCUGUGUAUAUGACCCAAUGUAGUAUUAGUACCGGAGACUGGAUUCAAUAGCUCCCAAGUGACACAGAUAGAACAGAUCUCACAUCUCAUGUCUCAGCCUCGCCUCAAGGCAGCGACGUCUCUGAGACGUCAAAGUAUCAAUAUUGGAAGAGUAUACUCUUCACAUUAUUCUCAAAAGGUACUGAAUAUAGGUUUAUAACCCUCUAUGGUUUUCAACUUGACAAAGG